GAAUUAUCUGAACGUGUAAAAGGAAGUAUAAUUACACGUAGUGUAACAAUAUAUAUAUAUACAUACACACACACAUAUAUAUAUAUUAGCAGGAUCGAUCGACGACGACGGCGACGAUCGAGAAGGAAAACGGAAUCGACGACGGAAUCGCGGUGGAUCGCGAUUGGAAGCGCGAGGCCCCAACCGGCGGGGAGCAGUAAAUGGGAUGGAUAUAUACGCGAGCGUGCGUUCCCGAGCACGGUAUUCGGCAGUCGGCGCGCGACGUUCGAACGGAGCGGGUCGCGUGUUUCCGUCCCGUUCCGUUUCAAGUUGUCGCGGUCCCCCUUCAUCGGUCCUCGAUUCGAUCUCCCGACGGAGAUCGGGAACGGCGCGACGCGGGGAAAGGAAAAGAUCGAUCGAUACAAGAAUCGUGGUAAAUGUUGGAUCGGCUCGUGUUUUAAGAUGACCGCCUCGGCAUUGCCCCAUUUAACCCAUCCCAUCCGUCUCGAUUCUGUCUUCUCGCUGUCCACGUCGAGGUCCUCCUCGCCUCCGCGGUUCUGGCCCCGGUCCUGGUCCCGGUCCUCCUUGCCGUUGCCCGCGCGCAGAAAGAAGAAACCGAGCCGGUGGACGAUCCAUCGUUGCGAUCUAUAUCGUUUGAGAUUGCGUCACGCGAUAAAAAGCCAAGCCGAGCUCGAAAACGCGAGGUCCCGGAUUCUCGAAACGUCAAAAUAAGAAAUCACGAUUUCGAGUUGUUCGUGACGUAAUAUAUACGAAUGUGACGUAAAGAAAAGAAGAAAAGAAAAGAGAAGAAAGAAGCGAGAGGGGCAUGUCGAUUCCAAGUGUCGGAAGAGAUCGAUCGGGAAAUCAGAGAAACUCGGGGGACGAGACGAGGGGAGGGGAGAAAAGUGAGAUAUAAAUUGGAUCGAAGAGAUAGGGGUGAAAGGUGGAUCGCGAGGUUAAACUCGUGGAUUGAGGAGCCGGCUAUGAAAGGGAAGCUGGCAACUCGUGGUCGGCUCGUGACCCGUGACAACGAGGGGCAAGAAGAAGGGGAGAAGAGGAGGAAGAAGGCGAAGGCAUCGGUGCGGCCGCUCGAGCGUGAUUCCGGCCGCGCUCGCGUCGCGCCGCUUCCUAUUCGCGGGACGACCAUCCCACGGAUUGGACGGACGGAAGCAGCGGUCUCGAUCGAGCAGCAGAUUCGGGGGGUCGAGGAUCGGCCGAGGAUAGCCUCGAUCGAGACGGCGCCGGUCGAUAAUCGCCGCCACCACCGUCGCCAUCGCUACCACCACCGUCGUCAUCGCCACCACCAUCGUCACCACCACCAUCGCAACAACCACCAUCAUCAUCGUCAUCGCCACCGCCAUCGAAUAUUCGAGAGAGAUUAUCGGCGGAGGAUCGUUGAGCAAGGAUUGAAAUGGAGGAACGAGGAGGAGGAGAAGAAUUGGAGAGGAGAUCGAUGCCGGAUCAAGAUCGAUGGAUCGUCGAUCUCUCGGCUGUUCGGGAUAGCGACGUUGGUGGCGGUGGCGGUGGCGCUUUUCGUGCCGAUCGCGUCGCCAGUGCCGCUCUCUGGAACCGGUCCUCGCCACGAGGACGACCUCCACCGCUUCACCGGUCUCGAGGACGUCUACGAGGAUGUUUUCCGAGAAGAGGAUCGGGCAACGACGUCGAGGAGCAGCGACGUUCUCGACGAGACCGAGCUCGAUAUUAUCAGAAGGAGCAUAGCGCGUGGUCUUGGCCUCGAGAGGAUACCCGACCCUUCCAAGGCAAACGUCAGUCAAGCCGAAUACGAGAGAGCGCACAGAGAGUACCUGAUGAGAGUACAGCCCUCGUUUUCCAACGACGAAGCGACGACAUACGGGAGCGAAAAGAAGCUGCACGUAUUUCCCGCUACAGCGUAUCCUGGAAACGUAUCGACCGAGGCGAGCGAAAGGGAAAAACCUUACCGUCACUGUUUGUUCUUCCCCGUGGAGAAGGAUCUGGAUCGCGCGACUGUCGAUCACGCAACGCUUCGACUGUUGCUUCACGGGCCUACGACCGAUCAAUAUUUUUCUCAACCUUUCGAAUUGGACGUGUUGCUUUAUCUCGGAGUAUCGUCGUUCCCUCGUCGGUCGAUAAGAUUGAUCGACCGUACAAGAAUACGAUCGGAGGAUUGGCGAAACUCGAAAUGGCUCGAACUCGACGCUACUCUCGCCGUUUCCUCGUGGAUCGAGGCUCCUGUUUCCAAUCUUGGACUCGAAUUGGAAUUUUUAUUGGACGGAAAAACAGUGACGCGCACCUUUUCCUCCCCGGUUCUUAACGUGUUCACCGCGACUCCUUUCGCGUCGACCACCGCUCUCAGACGCAAACGUUCAUCGCCCGAACAAGUGAUGUCCCUUCACAGAGGUCGUAGAACCAAGUGCAAAGGUGAAGGUAAAAAGUGUUGCAGACACGAACUCACCGUCAUGUUUAAAGACUUGAAAGGUUUCGAGUUUAUCGUUUAUCCGAAAACUUUCGAUGCCGGUUAUUGUAAAGGACGAUGCCCGCCUAGAUACAAUCCGGCUCAUCAUCAUGCCCUUCUACAAAGUUUAUUGUGGAAAGAAGAUAGAAAAAAAGUGCCUAAACCAUGCUGCGCGCCAAGUAAACUUGAUCAAUUGAUGAUCGUUUACUUCGACGAGAAUAAUUCCACUCGGUUGAAAGUUUCCGAUUGGAAAAACAUUCAAGUACUCGAAUGCGCUUGUUCCUAAAUAUUUCCCUUCUUCCUUUCGUUCUUAUUUUUCAGAGGAAGGGAUCAAACAGAUCGACCGAUGGUAAUUUUUAGCCGUGAACCAACAACGAAUUUACCAACAAACCGGUGGAUAGGAACGAUCGAUCGAACUUAAAAAAAACCUGUACGAAAGGACCAGAGUUUUCAUAGUCGUAGACGACUCACCAAAGAAUCGUCCGAACAUUGUUCGUUCUUUCCGACAAAUCCAACGUAUUUCUUAUUAACGCAUUGCACCAUUCUUUUUUUUCCCGUUCAGUCCCUUACUUCAUGUGCUUCAUAUAUGCGUAUGUAUAUGUGUAUGUAUCUAUUCCGUCGCGACGUUUACGAACGUAAUCGAUCGAUAAAACAGUCUUUUAUGGAAAACGAGAACGCGAAAAAAAAACUUGAUCGUAUUACUGUUCAACUGUCGAUUCGAUUCGACCGAGAUAUCGUCGAAAGCCCCGGUCGUUUGGUCCAGGCUUUUGCAUUGACUGUGAUAUUGAAAAAAAUGUCUAACCCUUAAUGGUCGAAAGGCUGUGCUUAAAUCGCACAUGUGUUAUAAAAAAAUGUAUCGACUGUUAAGGGCUAAUAUCUCUGCUUAUAGUAAUAGUAUUUCUUACUUAUAUCUUUACCUACCUAUCUUUUCUUUUCUAUCUUAUUUUCUUCAGCUAUUUUGUGUAUAUGUGCUGUCCUUCUUUUUUUCUUUUUUCCCUAUAUAUUUUUUUCUUUUUUAAUGAAUAUCAUAUGCGUAUACAAUGACCAUUACAAUGACAACAGGGAAUUCCUAAUGGGAAAGAGUGCAACGGCGUUUCUGAUCGUAUGGUUAGUAUCGUUUAAACGAAAUAGUUUUAUUCUAUGUAUUAUUUAUUUGAUCAAAUAUUCAACGAUUAUAGUUCGUACAUAGUUAUCAAAAUAUUAUCGAACGAACUUUCGAGAGAUCAUAUAUAUAUAUAUAUUUUUUUUAAAUGAAUCUAAUCGAAUAAACUUAAAACUUACACACACAUAUAUAUAUAUAUAUAUAUAUAUAUAUAUAUAUAAUUUUUGAAAAGAUCGAAGGUUCGAUCGAAAUUUCGUAAACGACUGACGAUCAUCUUUGCAUCUUGUCGAGAAACUUAUUUACGGACUUACGAACGUAAUAGAUAUUCGUCGACUAUUUACCAAUAGAUUCUAAUAAAUCUUGCUUCAAUUUCGAUGUAAAUGUAUACAUGUCAAAUACAAUUCUACUGGUCUUGUUAGUAUUAAAUAAUAUAAAUUAGUAUAAAAGUUAGCCCUAUUAUUAUAUUGUAUCGUGAAUAUGCGAAUGUACGUUGUUCGCCGAGUCAAUUUCGAUCGCGCACCAUAAUGGAUAUUGUGACCUCGCGUUAUAUAUUCUUUAAUUGACUACUAUCGAUGAUGUAAAAUAAAAUUUUAUUCCUUAUUUAUACAAUAAUUUAUGACUAUUAUUCGAUUCGAUGAAAUAAUACUCUUUAUUCGAUUCCCAA